UGAGUUCAGUCCACUGAGAAGCCAAGAAUUCAAGAACUUCUUUACAACCCUAAACAAAAGACUUAAUUGGUGCUGUAAAUUUGGCAAAUGGAUAAAAGGAAGAAAGGAUCUUCCACAGAAUUGAGGCUUAUGAUUGUUGGUAGCAGUGGACCUCCACAGUUUCUCCUAACAAAUGCCAUACUGGGAAGGGAGGAGUUUCCAAAAGAUACCACUUGCAUUUCUGACAGCAGGAAGAAUAUUGGAGAACUGGCUGGUAGAAGAAUUGCCGUGAUCAAUGGACCAAACAUUUAUGACAAGGAUAUAUCUGGACCCAAGAGGAAGAGGGAGCUGAGAAGGUCUAAGUGCUUGUGUAUCCCUGGUCCUCAUGCCUUUCUUGUUGCCUUUGACAUGGAGGAUAUCUCCCUGAAUGACAUGAGAGCCCCAAAAUUGUUGAGGAAACGCUUUGGAAGACACUGUAUGAGGCGCUGCAUGGUCCUUCUUGCCUAUGAUGGAAACCUGGAGGGAGCCGCCCUGGAAAAGAAGGUUCAGAAGACUGACUGGUACCUGAGGGAGCUGAUCGAGAAGUACAACGGGCGCUUUCAUGUUUUCAGUAAGAACUGGAGGGAUCGUAGCCGAGACAGAGAGCUGCUGCAGAAGAUCGAGCGCAUGGUGGCAUCUUUAGGAGGGGGAUACUUCUCCAGCAGUACCUUCCAGAAGGCGGAGGACUUUGUGAAGAAGGAGGAGAAGAGGCUCAGAAGGAAGAGGUCCGCGGAGAUAGAGAAGCAUGGACUGAGCUGGAGAAACACAUCGAGGAGGACAAGGAUGUAUACAGCAGCAAUGUGGGCGCUGAGAUCAGAGCCAAGGCAGAGAUGGACAACGGGUGGCUCCGAACUUCCCUGGCCAGAGGACUGGGAUAGGAUUUGCCAUUGGAGCUAUUAUGGGUGCACUAGUGGGGUCCAUUGAGGGGCCUGGGGGGAUGGUUCUGUAUGGGAUCAUAGGUGGUACGUGGGUGGCAUCAGCAGGAGGAACAGCCCAUGUGGCUAUAAAGCACAUAGAGGAUAGAGUGGCUCCUCCUGCAGACUAACUUCAAACUCCAUCUUCAUCAAUCGCUUCUUUGCGUCUGCGCGUCCUUGAAAGCAUGGUCUUGAGUAAUGAACGGAAGGAAGAAAAACCUGAACAUCAUGUGGUCUCUCUAACUAUUUUCUAUGUAGCUAUCCUUGUACCAAAUUAGAUAAAGAUUCAUUUCAAUUAAUUUUAGGUUGAGCAAACUUUAUCUUAACUUCGUAACAGCUAUGGAAGCGUAAGGGAAUCACAAAUGACGAAAAGUGAAUCUACUGCCUGACUUAAACCAAUCUGUAUUUAAAUAAAUGUAUUUAUGAUUCA